ACAGCUCUGGACUGAAACACAAGGCCCUUGUGUGGCACUAUCCCCACGCUACCCUUCACCAGAGACAGAACCACGCGCUUCCACGCGCCUCUUUCUUCUUCUCUCACUGUAAAGCCGCUAAAAGGAAAACCGCCUUCCCACUCCCCUUCUCGUCUGUCGUUUUUCUUAUAUCUAAAAAGAAAACGAAAGGGGGAAAAUGAAAUUAAGGAAAAGCAAAGGAAAACCUAUACAACCAACAACAAUACACCCUCACUCUCUAAUCUCACCUCAUUUCUCUCUCUAGGAUGCUUCUUUUCUGAUUCUUGGCUGCCAAAUCUAGCAACCCUUUGUAUUCUUUGCCCCCAUUUUACAGAAAUUUUUCUUCUCAUUGAAUGAUAAAGGGGUUGCUCUGUUUCUCAUUUAUUUCCUUCUCUUUUGCUAUUCCACCUGCAUCUGAGGUUUCUUCAUCGAAUCUAGCGGUACCCCAUUUUCAGGUGGCUGCCGAAGAGGCUUUUUAUAAGAAGAGUUGGAUCACUUCAUUCCUGCUGCGUCUUCUUAUAGUUUGACUACUGCGAUCAGCUCAUCAUUGUUUUGAUCAUUCAUCAUUAUGGAAGGACAAACGUCAUGGAUUAGGCAUUGCCACAAUGACAUGUCAAGAGAUCUUGAAGAUUUUGAUUCUUACUUGGAUUUCACAAGUGAAGGAGGCAAAGAGGCUGUAGCAGUUUCUGUGGAGUCAAUCCUGCCUGAUGACUUGUUGGAACGUAUUCUGUCCUAUCUACCGAUAGCGAGCAUUUUCAGAGCUGGUUCUGUGUGCAAAAGAUGGCACGAUAUAGUUAGUUCAAGGAGGUUUUUGUGGAAUGUCUCACAUAUCCUAUCACAGAAACCUUGGUAUUUCAUGUUUACAAGCUCCGAUGAGCCUAUUGGUUAUGCCUAUGAUCCAGUUCUUAGAAAGUGGUAUGCCAUUGAUCUCCCCUGCAUUGACAAGUCAAAUUGCUUUAUUGCCUCGUCUUGUGGCUUGGUUUGUUUCAUGGACAGUGACAGUCGAAGUGAGUUACAUGUCUGCAACCCUAUAACCAAAUGCUCAAUGAAAUUACCAGAGCCCUCUGGAUCGAAGUUCUCUGAUUAUAGUGCACUUGCAAUCUCUGUAAACAGGAUUUCGCACAACUAUAAAAUCUCUGUAGUGAAAUCUAAGCAAGUUCCUGGAAACUUCUUUCAAUGGGAUAUAUCAAUUCAUAUUUAUGAUUCGGAAACAAUGAUGUGGGUUACAUCCCUGACUGAAGUCCUGUCGGGGUGGAGAGGUGGCGAUGAGAGUGUGAUUUGUGAUGGAGUUCUUUACUUCUUAAUCUAUUCAACCGGGGGUGGAGCACCUGAUAACCGCCAUGGUCUUGUUACUUACAAUAUCUCUAACCAUUCGUCUCAUGGUCUGUUGAUAAGAAGCUUUAUUCCUGCUCCCUGUUCUCUCACUUGCGGUCGAUUGAUGAACCUUAAGCAGAAGCUGGUCAUGGUUGGUGGAAUUGGUAAACAGGAUAGGCCAGACAUCAUUAAGGGGAUUGGAAUUUGGAUUCUUUGCGGGAAGGAAUUGCGAGAAAUUGCACGCAUGCCCCAUAAGUUCUUCCAGGGAUUUGGGGAAUUCGACGAUGUUUUUGCCAGCUGCGGCACUGAUGACCUUAUUUACAUCCAGAGUUAUGGAGCUCCAGCUUUACUUACCUUCGACAUGAAUCUAAGACAAUGGAGAUGGUCGCAGAAGUGCCCGGUGACAAAGAGAUUUCCCCUCCAGCUUUUUACUGGCUUUUGCUUUGAACCAAGGCUUGAGAUCAAUCCCUGACUCGUUUCUUCUCACAGCUCGAUUUGUGUGUUUUUAUUAACAAAAUUGUCUGAAAUUUGGUUGAUUUUGUUCUUAUUUGCUUUUUAUCUGUUGCACUGAAGAAUCUACAUUCCAAGGAAAGAGUAUAUACAUGUAACUGCAGAUAAAAGCUGCAUGCAUAUUCAUGAAUAUGAGAAUAGAAUUCUUUACAUAGGAAAAUACCACUCAAGUUAAACUGGUUA